AUGCCUCCCGUUCCUAAAUACAAACACCUAUCAGGCCAUAAAAAAUGUAAGAAGAGUAAGCUAGAGGAAGAGAAAAGAAAAGCGGACGAAGUAAAACAAAACCGAAUACACAAGUUUUUUUCAAAAGAAACUCAAAAUUCUAGUUCUAACAUAGGUGAGGAUAAUGUGGGUGAAGACAAUGUGAACGUAGAUGAAGAAGCUAAUGUAGGAGAAGACAAUAUGAACGUAGGUGACGAAGAUGUGUACGAAGGUGAAGAUAAUUUUAAUGCUACUGUAGAUGUAGAAGCUACUAUUUGUGAAGAUGAUGUUAAUCCGGUUCCGGAUAUUGAUAUUGAUAUUUUUGAUCCUAGAAAUUGGGGUGGGCUUAGUAAUGACAUGAUUAAAUAG